GAGUAAGACAUGUCUACCGUGCAGGCCGGGGAUUGAUGGCCACAUUCUUCUUAAUCUCUUAUCUUCUCUCAUCAGCUCAUUCUUAUUUUAUUUAAUUUUUCUUUUUCACAUAUAAAUACAAGCUUUAUCACGGUUUUUACUUGGUUAUAGGGGUGGAUCUGCUAAAAGAACCGGCCAUGUAGAUCUUCCCUAUAAUAAAAAGAAGGAAGAUACAGAGAUAAGACAGAGAGAGAGAGGGAGGGAGGGAGAGGAAAGGAGAGGGGAGGGGAGGGGAGGGAGAGGGAGAGGGAGAGGAAGAGGGAGAGGAAAGAAAGAGAAGGGGAGAGAGAGAGAGAGAGAAAAAAAAUGGAUUUUGAUGAACACGAAGACCAAGAAGAAGUCAUGGGCUUGGCGGUCCCUGCAGGUUAUGACACGAUUAGCAACUCAUCUCGCCCGAAAAUGGGCCCAGCCGGUGGAGAAGGUGCAUCGACGACGGCAGCAGCGACGGCAACAACAAACGCGAGGAAAUCCGGCAGCUCAGUUAGAUAUAGAGAGUGCUUGAAAAACCAUGCGGUGAGCAUCGGUGGACAUGCUGUGGAUGGGUGCGGGGAAUUUAUGGCGGCAGGUGAAGAGGGUACCUUGGAUGCACUCAAAUGCGCUGCUUGUAACUGCCACCGAAAUUUCCACCGCAAGGAGAUUGAUGGAGGUGGUGAGGCAAUAUAUCACCACCACCAACAUCAUCCCCAAUUCUCUCCUUUCUAUCGUGCUCCUCCACCUGCUGGGUACCUACACUUGGCACCACCCCACCAGCACAGGCCUUUAGCUCUACCCGCAGCAUCUGGAGGGGGAGCCGGAGGUGCUGUGUACAGCAGGGAGGAAGAGGAUGUGUCUAAUCCUAGUAGUAGUGGCGGGGGCGGCGGAGGAGGCGGCGCUACUGGGAGUUCAAAGAAGAGAUUUAGGACUAAGUUUACGCUGGAGCAGAAGGACAAGAUGUUGGAUUUCUCAGAGAAGCUUGGAUGGAGAAUCCAAAAGCACGAUGAGGCUGCAGUGGAGCAGUUUUGUGCAGAGACUGGAGUGAAAAGGCAUGUUCUCAAGGUGUGGAUGCACAAUAACAAACACACUCUUGGUAAGAAACCCUAAUUUUUAUUGCACUGAAAGAAAGGAAAACAAAACACCACCUCAAUAUGGACCAAACCAUUUGUUAUCAUCUUCCAGCAUUCACACCGACACUAAGCUGCAUAGUGCCAAGUGCCAAGGAGAUAAUGAGGAAGGAAGCUAGAGCAUAUGACCUAGCAACCAGCAGUGCAAUCGAUACAUUUUCUGAAAGGAAAAAUGGGAAAGUUGAAAGCUUUGAUGUCAAAUUGGUAGGGGUAGUAACAUAGACUAGGGUUCUUAACUGUUUUCUCUCUUCUUUUUUGGUUGUUUUUUGUUUUCCAAUUUAGUUUUGUUUCUGAAAGUAGGAUGGAUGGUGAAGAUGAUGACCCUGUAAUUUCUUGAAUACGUUGUUGCUGAUGAGAUGAGCCAUUUGCUCCUGAAAUCAGCAUCUCCCAAUUCAAGUUUCUUUCUUUUUAAUUUAA